CCACCACUGAACCACGGAUCCAUAACUGCAUUCACCAUAUCUCCCUGAAGACGAAAGACGAUCCUCCUUGCCCUUUCUAGGGAAGUUCCGGAACGCGUGCAUCUCAGAAAAGAACCCGUCGCUUAGAUUCCCUACACAUAAUACGACACGACAUCUUAAACUUGUUCACGCCCGUGGGGGCGGCACCCGUCAUCACCAUGGCCGAGUCGAAGAAUGACAAGGCGUAUAAAUACCGCCAGGAAAUCAGUCAGAUGAUGUACGUGUCUGGCGAAACUGGAGAACCAUCAGUCGAGACAACCAGCAUUAUCGAGGACAUCGUUCGGCAGCAGGUCAUCGAGCUACUGAGAAACUGUACCGAACAAGCCACCCGCCGCGGUUCUCGAUCUAUCAGCAUCAACGACCUCAUCUUCCAAAUCCGCCACGAUACAGCCAAGGUGUCCCGCCUACGGACCUUCCUCUCCUGGAAGGACGUCCGGAAGAACGUGAAAGACUCGGACGACAAAGGCGCCGACGCCGACAUCGGCGCAGCCGAAGACCCCGGGGGCGGCGUGGUCGCCGGCAGCGGCCCCGUAGACGACGCCGCCAAGAAGAACAAGAAAUCCAAGGUCGGCCUCCCCUGGGAGCCGGCGUCCUUCUACAACCAAGAAGUGCCCGAGCGCGACGACGAGGAGGACGAGGAGGAAGAGGAGAUGAACUACAUCACCCUCCAGCGGCUCCGCAAGGCCGACGAGCGCACCAAGGCCAUGACCCGGGAGGAAUACGUCACGUGGUCCGAGUACCGCCAGGCCUCCUUCACCUACCGCAAGGGCAAGCGGUUCCGCGAGUGGGCCGGCUUCGGCAUCGUGACGGACAGCAAGCCGUCCGACGACAUUGUCGACAUCCUCGGCUUCCUGACCUUCGAGAUGGUCCAGACCCUGACCGAGACGGCCCUCAAGGUCAAGGAGCAGGAGGACCUGUUCAAGGCCCAGAGCGGCGGCGUGGGCGGCGCGGCGGACGGCGAGGCGAAGAAGCGGAAACGCCAGCAGGGGCUGUUCGACCCGCCUAGCGAGGGCAGGACGCCGGUCGAGCCGCGCCAUGUGCAGGAGGCUUUUCGGCGGCUGCAGGCUCGGCCCAAGAAGAUUAGGGCCAUGCUUAACGAUACUCACUUGCCGCACCGCACGACUCUGAAUCUUUUCUAAUUAUUGUGCCACAUUAUGUGUUUCUGUUUUCCUUGGUUUGCGAGCAGAAAUUCGGGCCAAGGAAUGCGAAAGUCUUAAGUGCUAGCUGAGGCGCACUUUCGCCUCGCUCGUUUCGGUGUUCUAGGGUUGGAUAGCAAGGGAUCGUCGGGUGGCCUUUCUCCCCCUUUUUCCUUUUUCUACAGGCACGGACUUUUAGGGAUUCUCUUGGUUUUGGCGGGCCGUCGUCGCGAGUGGUCGUAACACAGUCUGGUGAUGACAGGGGCACAUGAACGGGCAAGGCGUUUGGGAGGUUUCAAUUCUAUGGUAUUCAGUCCUCUGAAUCGUGUCUUCAUCAAUGGCUUCUCCAGCAGGUUAUGAAUAUUCAGGCGACAGUAAUACGAAUAAACAUAUUCGUCCGAGCUGUAGGAGAA